CGCCCGGCCCGGCGCGAGGGACACUGGAGCCUCCACGGCGCCCGGGACCGGGCGGAGGCCGGCGCGGCGGGCUGGGCCGGGGAGGUGGGCGCGCCAGCGACCCCGGCCGGCCCGCGCCGCUCGCCCCUCCCAGGGCCCCCUCCCCUCGGGCCGGCUCCUCCCCGCCCCUCCGCAGCCACGUGUCCCCCGGGGCGGGGGCGGGGGCCUGUCCGGCGGGGCCGCGGGGUCCGGGGCGGGGCGGCGGCGGGGUCUUGGGACCGCGGCGGCCGCCGUGCGCUGCGCUACCUGGAGGGACCGCGCUCGCCGCUGCCAUGUCCUGGGCCGCACUCCUCGGCCUCCUGGCCGCGCUGCUGCUGCUGCUGCUGCUGACCCGCCGGCGCACGCGGCGACCCGGCGAGCCUCCCCUGGACCUGGGCAGCAUCCCCUGGUUGGGCCAUGCCUUGGAGUUUGGAAGAGACGCGGCCAGCUUCCUCACUAGGAUGAAGGAGAAGCAUGGUGACAUCUUUACUGUGCUGGUGGGGGGCAGGUACGUCACGGUGCUGCUGGACCCGCACUCCUACGAGGCGGUGGCGUGGGAGCCGCGCUCGCGGCUGGACUUCCACGCCUACGCCGUCUUCCUCAUGGAGAGGAUGUUCGACGUGCAGCUGCCACAUUACAGCCCCAGCGAGGAGAAGGCCAGGAUGAGACCGACGCUGCUCCACAGAGACCUGCAGGCGCUCACGGAAACCAUGUUCACCAACCUCCACUGCAUCCUGCUGGGCGACGCCGCGGAGGGGUCCGGGGGCUGGCGGGAGACCGGCCUCCUCGACCUCUGCUACAGCUCUCUGCUCAGAGCCGGCUACCUGACCCUGUAUGGAGUGGAGGCCUCGCCCCGCACCCUGCAGAGCCAGGCCCGGGACAGCGCCCACUCGGCCGACGUCUACCACACCUUCCGCCAGUUGGACCUGCUGCUCCCCAAGCUGGCCCGAGGCUCCCUGUCCAUGGGGGAUAAGGACCGUGUGAGCAGCGUCAAAGGCCACCUGUGGAAGCUGCUGUCUCCGGUCAGGCUGGCCACCCGGGCCCAGCGGAGCAGCUGGCUGGAGAGCUACCUGCUGCACCUGGAGGAGCUGGGCGUGUCGGAGGAGAUGCAGGCGCGCGCGCUGGUGCUGCAGCUCUGGGCCACGCAGGGGAACAUGGGCCCUGCCGCCUUCUGGCUCCUUCUCUUCCUCCUCAAGAAUCCCGAGGCCCUGGCUGCCGUCCGCGGGGAGCUGGAACGUGUCCUCUGGCGGGCAGAGCAGCCUGUGUCACAGAUGACCACCCUGCCACAGAAGGUUUUGGACAACAUGCCUGUGCUCGACAGUGUCCUCAAUGAGACCCUCAGGCUCACUGCUGCACCCUUUAUCACCCGAGAGGUGGUGGUGGACAUGGCUAUGCCCAUGGCAGAUGGGCGGGAAUUCUCUCUGCGACGUGGUGACCGCCUCCUCCUCUUCCCCUUCCUGAGUCCCCAGAAAGACCCAGACAUCUACUCAGAUCCUGAGGUAUUUAAAUACAACCGAUUCCUGAACGCGGACGGGUCGGAGAAGAAAGACUUCUACAAGGACGGGAAGCGGCUGAAGAGCUACACGGUGCCCUGGGGAGCGGGGCACAACCAGUGCCUGGGCAGGGGCUACGCCACCAGCAGCAUCAAGCAAUUCGUGGUCCUGGUGCUGUCGUGCUGUGAGCUGGAGCUGGUCAGCACAGACGUGGAGGUCCCCGAGUUUGACCUCAGCAGGUACGGCUUUGGCCUCAUGCAGCCCGAACAAGAUGUGCCUGUCCGGUACCGCGUCCGGCUGUGACCUGCUGUGACCUGCAGAGCAGCCUCCUCCCGCCAGCUUCCUCCAGCCAGCCUCCUCCCAUCAACGUCCGGCUCUGACUUUCCUCACACUCUCCUGCUGCUCCCAAAGGCCGUGGCCAGUGACAGGAAGGACGGUCAGGGAGCUGCAGAGGACGUACAGCAAGAAAAGGCCUCAGAAGCUCUGGGUUGCCGCUGCGGAGUUCAAGCUGCAGCCCAGACUCCUCCUCCUCUGGUUCACCUUGUCCCCCUCACCCUGUGAUGUCCCCUGAAGCUGAUCCAGACUGGGCAGGGCCAGGAGUCAGCUCCAGGACAACUAGUGUGGUCCAGGGCUUAGCCAGUCAAAGCAGGUGCUGGCUGUGGAAGGUCCCUCUGGACCCAGCAGUGCGUCCAUGGCAUAAUCUCUGUUCCCUGAUUACUAAGGUGGCUAGAUCCAGAGGAGUCCCUUGGGACCUCUCCCUCCCUGGGCGCCCCCCUUGCUGGACAGGCCCGCCCUCCGUUCAUGUGAUACCUGAGAGAACAGAGAAGGAUCUUCUGAGGCCCCCGGAGCGCUGGGUUCUGGGAAAGAGUCCUCUGUUGUCCAAUCGUCGGCCCCAGAGGGAUGGGCUUUCCCGUCUCAGCCAGGGGCCAGGGAAGACAGGCCCCGGGGGCUGAAGGAGCUGGCCCAGGCCCCUGGGCUGCUGAAGCCCAGCUGGGAGGGGCUGAGCUCUCUGCCCCACAAAGUCCGCGGCAGGUUUCACUUGGCCUUCACUUUUAAAAAACUGACUUAGUUUUUAUCCCACCACCUGCGGGAGAGGCAACUCAGAAGUUCAGCUUCUCCUGACACUUGGACGCUCUGGCACAUGGGCCCCACUGCCCAGGGCACCACGGCUAGAGCCGAGGGCAGCCCUCUGCCCUGUUGGGGCCUGUGCUCCGGCUCCCCCAAGUCUGGGCUUGGUCUGCUUCCAGCCAGGAAGGCAUCUGAGCUGGAGACCAAUCUGGCUCUGAGAAGCCAUGUCUGGGAGGUGGCAGGAACCAGCUCGCCCGUCCUUGGGCCGGUUAUUCAUCCAGCCUGCUUGCUCCAGCCUCGGAACAAACAGAGCAGUAAUGGAACCGGACCUUUGCCUCGGCCUUGAGAGAAAGCCACAUAAAAAGAGCGAAAGUGCUUGCAGGCCUGUAUGGUGACGGCAGUGUGCUUGAUAUCGGGUGCUGCUGUGGGAUGCCCUUUGAAUGCUGUGGCAGGCCCAGCGGACGUCCCAUUCCUCCCAGCAUCUCUGUGAGGAGAGGACGGCAGUGCCCACUUUAUGCAUGAGAAAGCAGGCUCAGAGAGGUGAGGUGGGUUGCCUGGGGUCACACAGCUGGUCAGCUGGUAGAACUGGGACACAUACUUCUUGUUCUAGGAGCAAGUGUUAGAGGGGCAGCUCUUUGUUCCGCGGGUCCAGGGCUGCUGGGGGUGUAGUUCUGUCUGGCAUCGGAGCACUGACAGACAGCCAGAGGCGCCGAGGGGAUUCAUCCCUUGAGGGGCAGACCCAGACAGGCCCAGCGCGAGGUCCCUCCAGCUUUAGGAGGAGGGACAGGGUAGGCCCCAGAUCCUCUGAAUGUUCCAGGGGCCAGUCUCUUAUUGGAGCAGGGCUGGGCUCGGGGGCUUCCCCAGCCCGCCAUCUCCAGGCGGCCCCUGGAUUCCCAGACAGACGGUGUGAUUGGCAGGAGGCUGGAUAUCCCCAGGGAAACCCAUCUUCACGCCCGGGUGACCCCGCAGCCGCCUGCUUCUUAACUCUGCAGGAAAUCGGAGCUGGCAGCCUCCUGUGGGAGGACAGCCGGUUUCCAUGGCAACCCUCAGCUGCCGCCUCGCUGCUGGAGGGGAAGGAAGAAAGCCAGCAGGAAGAGCUGGGGAGGUCCCCGGGGCCUGGCGUGCGGGGAAGACCUGCCUGGUCCCCUCCACGUCUGUGCUGGGCUGUCCCCGAGGCUAGACUCACCUGCCUUCGAGGAAGGGCCGCCUCCCCAAGUGGCACUCCUUGGAGCCAGGUCAUUAGGGAUCCCUCCAGGGGAGGAGGGCGCUCCUGCCGGCCGGUCGCGGUGACGCUGGGCAGAGACGACUUCACCUGCCCUUGCUUUUGUCCUUACCGUUUUUCUUGUCUUUUCCUUUCUCCUCUUUGGUUUUGCCUUUUAACAAGUGCCGGAGGGCGCGGUGGCGCGGCGAAGUGCCGCGGGCCGGCUGGCCAGGUCCUGGGUGUCGGGCUAGCUCUUCUGCUUUGCUGAGGGUCACAAAGUCGCAGCGUGUCAGGACCCUUGGGGGUUGAGAGGUCUGCCCUAGAGGGUGUCCUGAGCGCUGUUGUUACUGGGUGUUUUUUUCUUUUUUCCUAUAUUUUAAAUUGUUUUCCAAAUAUUCUCCUUUAAACAGACUCACUUUUUUUAAAUUUAAAUCUGUCUUUCGGUUGCUGCCAGGAAUGGACAUCACGUAUCGCUCGCUGCCAAAAAUAGAGAAUGACUGUGAAAGAAAUCGGCCGGGGAGGGGCGGCGGGCGGCAAGGCCCGGUUCAGAGCCAAGAGCGGGAGGCCAGGGCUGCCCCCGGCUUGCCACCUCUCCUCCGUGAACCUGCAGGCCCCGGGCUGAGGAGCCAGGCUCUCCCUGCAGAGGCUGGUACUCCACCAGGGGGCGCCACCCGCUGCAGCCUGGCCCUGCCACCUGCCCCUCUCCAGACAGGCUGAGGGGCCAGCAGUCUCGUCCCUAGUAAUUGAUUUCCGUGUUCUUGCUGUUUUAAUAAACACAGUUUCAUGGUUAGCAUGACCGUUAUGUCACUUUAAUAAAGAGUUCUAUUUUCAUGUAACCUUGAUGAGUGGAAACAGGCUGAAUCUAUUAAACCAUCUUGUUUGUGGAUCUCC